CCACCCGCCCCUCCCUCCCUCAUUCCCUUCCCUCCCUCCCUCCCUCCUCUCUCGGCUAGGUUUGUGCGCUGGGGCGCCCGAGCCCCUCCGCAGCCGGGACGCGCGGAACUCGCGCCAGGAGUCGGCUCUCCCGAGCCUCCUCCCUCCCUUCCCUUUCCCUGCCCCCUUCCCCCACCCCGGACUCGGGCUCGGAGCCGCGGCCAAAGGAACCCCGAGCUCCUGCCCAAGCCCCUGAGCUGGAGGGAUGGAGAACUCCUCAGCGGCGUCGGCCUCCUCCGAGGCUGGGAGCAGCCGCUCCCAGGAGAUUGAGGAGCUUGAGCGCUUCAUCGAUAGCUACGUGCUCGAGUACCAGGUGCAGGGGCUGCUGGCAGACAAGACAGAGGGUGAUGGUGAGAGCGAGAAGACGCAUUCCCACGUCUCCCAGUGGACAGCGGACUGCAGCGAGCAGCUGGACAGCAGCUGUUCCCUCUCGCGAGGACGAACACCCUCACAACAGAAUGGCAGCAAAGAUAACUCCCUGGACAUGCUGGGCACAGACAUCUGGGCUGCCAACACCUUCGAUUCCUUCAGUGGUGCCACCUGGGACCUGCAGCCUGAAAAGCUGGACUUCACCCAGUUCCACCGGAAGCUCCGACAUACGCCCAAGCAGCCCCUGCCACACAUCGACCGUGAAGGGUGUGGAAAAGGGAAGCUGGAAGAUGGGGAUGGGAUCAACCUGAAUGACAUCGAGAAGGUUCUCCCCACCUGGCAGGGCUACCACCCGAUGCCCCACGAGGUGGAGAUUGCGCACACGAAGAAGUUGUUCCGGCGGCGGAGAAACGACCGAAGACGGCAGCAGAGACCUCCAGGAGGGAACAAGCCCCAACAGCACAGUGACCACCAGCCAGGCAGUGCCAAACACAAUAGGGACCACCAGAAAUCCUACCAGGGGGGCUCGGUGCCCCAUCCCUCGGGGAGGCCCACCCAUCACGGCUACAGCCAGAACCGGCGCUGGCACCAUAGCAACAUGAAGCACCCACCUGGCGACAAGGGGGAGGCGGGCACCCACCGCAAUGCCAAAGACACCAUGACCUUGGAGAGCCCCAAACUUGAGGACACGCUGGGGGACACUGGGCACCGCAGCCUGGAGUCCCCCUGCAUCCCUGAUGGCCUGGGCCCAGUGGCUUCCGAGAGGCCGCCCCCACAGCAGCCGGGGGUCGCAGAGGCCGAGACAAAGCCUAAAGACAGUAUUAUUCCCGAACGCAUGGGGGAGCGGCCCAGAAUUACCCUGCUCCAGUCUUCCAAAGACAGGCUGCGGCGGAGGCUGAAGGAAAAGGUACCGGAUGACGUGACAGUGGAGACCACCAGCCCUCAGCAGAACAAGAUGGACAAGUUGAUCGAGAUCCUGAACAGCAUGCGGAACAACAGCAGCGACGUGGACGCCAAGCUCACCACCUUCAUGGAGGAGGCCCAGAACUCCACCAACUCUGAGGAGAUGCUGGGUGAGAUCGUCCGGACCAUCUACCAGAAGGCCGUGUCCGACCGCAGCUUUGCCUUCACCGCCGCCAAGCUCUGCGACAAGAUGGCGCUCUUCAUGGUGGAGGGGACCAAGUUCCGGAGCCUGCUCCUCAACAUGCUUCAGAAGGACUUCACCGUGCGGGAGGAGCUGCAGCAGCAGGACGUGGAGCGCUGGCUGGGCUUCAUCACCUUCCUGUGCGAGGUGUUCGGCACGAUGCGCAGCAGCACGGGCGAGCCCUUCCGCGUGCUCGUCUGCCCCAUCUACACCUGCCUCAGGGAGCUCUUGCAAUCUCAGGACGUAAAGGAAGAUGCCGUCCUGUGCUGCUCAAUGGAGCUGCAGAGCACAGGCCGGCUGCUGGAGGAGCAGCUGCCUGAGAUGAUGACCGAGCUCCUGGCCAGCGCCCGAGACAAGAUGCUGUGCCCCUCGGAGUCCAUGCUGACCCGGUCACUGCUCCUGGAGGUCAUCGAGCUCCAUGCCAACAGCUGGAACCCUCUGACGCCCCCCAUCACACAGUACUACAACAGAACCAUCCAGAAACUGACAGCCUGACAGCCAGGGGGCCUGGCAGGCAGCCCGAGGGCAGCUGGGGCCCUGGUGCACAGGGCCAGAUGGACAGGCGGGAGGACAGGGGUGGCCCUGGCGGGAGAAAGAAACGGGGAGGAAGGCAGGCAGAGCCGGCGGCCAGUCUGGAGCCAGGCGGGGAAGGGAUCGAAUCCCUAGGAGCGCGCCCCUCGCCGAGCCUCCCCCCCGCCCCAGCAUGCGGCAGCUUCACCAGUGAGGGGAGCAUGUUUCUUUUUCAUGGUGGCCUGGCCCUCACCCCUCCUCACUCUACACUCCUGCCCCCUCUCUUCAAAUGCGUCCCCCGCAGGGCUUUGUGCAAGGGGUUUCAUCUCUGUGACUCCUCCACCGAGGCUGGGCAGCCAGGCACGCCAGGGUACCGCUUGGGUCAGAAAGGACCUCAGAAGGCUGAAAAUGUGGGUCGGAGACGGGCUUGCAUUGUUCCCGCAUGCUGUCAGCCACCGUCGCCAACUGGCAGCAGGCGACAUGUAGCAGAUGUCCGGGAGGACAAAGCAGGCACCAUCCCCACCAGCCUCCCGGAAUUGACGGCCUUUGUCUGCAUGGUCGAGCCGGGCGACAGAGGCCUUCAUUCUCCUCAAACCUUCACGCUCCCCCCGACAACUUCCAGUCCUCCUCCCGGACCCCCAAUCCUCAGGCCCCCGAGCCUGGGAGCAGGCAGGGGAGCUGGAGUUUGCAGGUCUACUUGCACUCUUUUGUUUUAUUGUGUUUUAUUUUUCGAAAGUCAGCUGCUUUGAAGUCUCCUUUCUCAGUGAAAAGAGCCAGCGAUGUGAUCACACAGACAGCUCCGAGGACCCCCUGAUUAGUGGGAGAUCAAACCCAGCCCCCUCUGGAAGGAUUCUAGCCACAGACAGCUUGCCAGUAGCCAAUUAGGGUAAUUGGAAACUUCUGCCCUGCAGGGGUCCUGGCUGGAACCCAUGCUCCUUAGCCCCUGGCUUCUGGCACCUCUCGUCUCUUAUUCGAAUUGCGUUCUCUCAAAGGGCAGAUACCGUCACUGCUGGGUCCUGACCUGAGGCCUUCUGAUGAACCAGGCACAGAACAGGCUGGCAAACUAUAACCAAAACCUAGGGGAUAUUUCCCUGCUCCACACACAGGUCUCCUCCCAAGCUCUG